GGGCGGCUGCAGGGGGCCCGGGAAGGAGGGAUAGCCCGGCAGAGGCUGGGGGCAGAGGCCGGGCAGACUUGUAGGAGCCAGAUCCAGCUGGCGUGGGAUGGUCCUCGGUGUCAGGAGUGCGACAUUGCAGCCAGAACAGGGAGGACACCUCGGGGGCUCCGAGCAGGGAGGACUCACAGGAGUCAGGAGGAGGCCUUUGACCCUCCGCCCUCGUCCAGCCUCCUUUUGCCGGCUUUGGCUCGGGCCGUGGUGAAGGAGGGUGCCAGGCCCCGAGGGAGAAGAGGCAGAGGGUGGUCCUGGGGAGCAGGGAGCACUGGGGCCGCUGGGUCGGUCCGGGUUGCCCGAGAGAAGGCUGGAGGAUCGGCCUUUGGGCUUCCUUUGGGUUCUGGGUGGGAUCAGGAGGCUGAGGUUCUGAGAUUCCCCCCGGGACUAACCCCUCCCUAGCCAGGGUGGAAGCCACAUCCCGUCAGCCCUCAGAAGUCACACUGACCUCCACGGGGGGGCGCCUGGGCACUCUGCGUGCGCCCCCCUUGUUAUUAGGGCCAGGAGCUGUCCUUGUUCAUGGGGAAUUGAGGCUUCAGGAGCAGGGGCUGGCCACCAGCGCUCAGGGGUGCCCACAGUACUCAGGGAUGCCUACGGUACUCAGGGGUGCCCACGGUACUCAGGGGUGCCCAUGGUACUCAGGGAUGCCCACGGUACUCAGGGGUGCCCACGGUACUCAGGGAUGCCCACGGUACUCAGGGAUGCCCACGGUACUCAGGAGUGCCCACGGUACUCAGGGAUGCCCACGGUACUCAGGGGUGCCCACGAUGCUCAGGGGUGCCCACGGUAACUCAGGGAUGCCCACGGUACUCAGGGAUGCCCACGGUACUCAGGGGUGCCCACGGUACUCAGGGGUGCCCACGAUGCUCAGGGAUGCCCACGGCACUGUGCCCACCUCCUCCCAGCUGCCCAUUCUCCCACUCUCUGCGGCCCCACUUCUCCCAGAGCUGAUGCAAUCCCCUUGUUCCUUGUUCACCCUGUUUCCUCCUUUAAUUGCUUCCUUUUAGAAACCGCCCAGACCUUGCGGGGCUUUUCCUUGUAAACUGUGGCUCACUUUGUCCAGCGGCCCGAGCUCUGGGCCUACGGUGGUCAAGCUGUGUGACCCUGUGAGUCCUGUAGCCCCCGCCUGCCUCAGUUUCCUCAUCUGUACAAUGGGGAUCACGGGGGAUGGUUGUGAGGAUGAGAAGGGAUGCUGUUUGCACACACAAGGCCUGGCAUACAGGCCUCAGCCAGCAUGGAAGCCACCGGGGUGCGCCUGGGGCCGCCCGUCAGCCGGGACCGAGUCAUUGCUGACUUUCCCAAGUGGUACACGCCCGAGGCCUGCCUGCAGCUCAAGGACCACUUCCACGGGCAGGUGCGCGAGGCCUGCCGGGAGAGGAGGACUGGCUCGGUGGGGCUGAAGGUAUCCAAAGUUGUCGUCCUGGGAGACCUCUAUGUGGGCAAGACGAGCCUCAUCAACAGGUUCUGCAAAGACGUCUUCGAUCGGCACUACAAGGCCACCAUCGGCGUCGACUUCGAGAUCGAGAGGUUUGAGAUCGCAGGCGUCCCCUACAGCCUCCAGAUCUGGGACACGGCAGGACAGGAGAAAUUCAAGUGCAUCGCUUCUGCGUACUAUAGGGGCGCACAGGUUAUCAUCACUACGUUUGACCUGGCAGACAUCAAGACCCUGGGACACACCAGUCUCUCCCUCCUCCCUCCUCCCUCUCCCCCUCCCCCUCCUCCUAUCCCCCCAUGCCCCAGGCAGUGGCUGGCAGACGCCCAAAGGGAGAACGAGCCGGGUUCCAGCUUCGUCUUCCUGGUUGGGACAAAGAAGGAUCUGCUGUCAGGGCCCGCCUGCGAGCGCACGGAGAUGGACGCCGUCCAGCUGGCCAACGAGAUGCAGGCCGAGUACUGGUCAGUUUCGGCCAAAACAGGGGAGAACGUGAAGGCCUUCUUCUCCCGGGUCGCCGCCCUGGCGUUCGAGCAGUCGGUGCUGCAGGAACUGGAGCGGAGGGGCGGCCGGAGAGCCCAGAUCGGGGCCGGGGCCUCCAUCAGCAUCGGGAUGGAGGAGCACUCUGCUGCGUGCCGGGAAGGUGCCAGCGCCAGCAGUCCCGGGUGCUGCUAGGUGGGAUCUCUGGAGCCCCAGGACAGUCUGGGGCAGACGGAGCAUCUCUGACGAGACGCCAGAGAUGCUCCGUCUGCCCUCGGGACGUGUGCCCCC